UCUGAAGAAAAGAAGCAAAAAGAAAGCCUGCGGAGCGGGAGGGGCCGAUCCGAGGCCCUGGGUGUGCUGGAGGUCCCAAAUCCGGAGCCCUCUGGAGGCAGUGUUUCCGAUCCCUGUCCCGGAGCCGCCCCACGAGUCAGGAAUGGCCCCCAGGCGGCCCACCGCAGCACCUCAGGAGAGCAAGCACAUGAUCACUGCUGAUAGAUCCCACAGUAUGUUCCUAGUAUUGCCAUGGAAACAUUGAUGUUGUUGAGCAAGAUUGUGAUCCUGCAGGAAUCAGUGACAUUCAAAGAUGUGGCUGUGGAUUUCACCCGGGAAGAAUGGCAUCACGUGGACUCUGCCCAGAGAAGCUUGUACAGGGAUGUGAUGCUGGAGAACUACAGCCACCUGGUUUCUCUUGGAUAUCAAGUUUCCAAACCAGAGGUGAUCUUCAAAUUGGAGCAAGGAGAAGAGCCAUGGAUAUCAGAGGGAGAAAUCCAAAGGCCUUUCUGUUCAGACUGGAAGACAAGGCCAGAAGCUAAAUCAUCAAAGCUGCAACACAGCACAUCUGAAGUAUCCCCUAGCACAGAUGAUUUCUCACAUGUCACAUUAGAAGAUGCCUGGGAUAUUAGUAGCCAGCUAGAGAGGCAGCAAAAAAAUUGGAGGAGAUAUCUGGGGCCAGAAGUAUCUACACAGAAGAAAAUAACCACCCCAGAGGAAAAUUUUGAGCAAAAUAAAUUUGGUGAAAACUCUAGAUUGAACAUAGACUUGAUUCCACAACUGAACAUUCCUUCAAGAAUAAGGCCUAGUGAAUAUGGAACACUUGGAAACAAUUUGGGACAUAAUUCAGACUUACUUAAUCAAAAUAAUAUCCUUGCAAAAAAGAAGCCCUAUAAAUGUAAUAAAUGUAGAAAAGCCUUUAUUCAUAGAUCAUCACUUAAUAAACAUGAGAAAACUCAUAAAGGAGAAGACACAUUCCCUAAUGGUACAGGUCAGGGAAUUUAUCCUGGCAAGAAGCACCAUGAAUGUACUGACUGUGGGAAAACUUUCCUCUGGAAGACACAGCUUACUGAGCAUCAGAGGAUUCACACUGGAGAAAAACCCUUUGAGUGCAAUGUGUGUGGAAAAGCCUUCAGGCAUAGCUCAUCCCUAGGUCAGCAUGAGAAUGCUCAUACAGGAGAGAAACCCUAUCAGUGCAGUCUCUGUGGGAAAGCCUUCCAAUGCAGCUCCUCCCUUGUCCAACACCAGAGAAUUCACACUGGAGAGAAGCCCUAUCGAUGUAAUCUUUGUGGGAGGUCCUUUAGGCAUGGCACAUCCCUUACUCAACAUGAGGUCACACACAGUGGAGAGAAGCCCUUCCAGUGUAAGGAAUGUGGGAAAGCUUUUAGUCGAUGUUCUUCUCUUGUCCAACAUGAGAGGACUCAUACUGGAGAGAAACCUUUUGAAUGUAGCAUAUGUGGAAGGGCUUUUGGUCAGAGCCCAUCCCUUUAUAAACACAUGAGGAUUCAUAAAAGAGGAAAACCUUACCAAAGCAAUAACUACAGCAUAGAUUUUAAGCACAGCUCUUCUCUUACUCAAGAAGAAAGUGCACUGUCUGAAGUAAAAUCCUACCAUUGUAAUGACUGUGGGGAAGACUUCAGUCACAUUACAGACUUUACUAACCAUCAGAGGAUUCAUACUGGAGAGAAUCCCUAUGAUUGUGAGCAGGCCUUUAGUCAACAAUCUAUUUCUCAUCCUGGAGAGAAACCCUAUCAAUGUAAUGUAUGUGGAAAGGCUUUCAAAAGGAGUACAAGUUUCAUAGAGCAUCACAGAAUUCAUACAGGUGAGAAGCCCUAUGAAUGUAAUGAAUGUGGAGAGGCCUUCAGUCGACGCUCAUCACUUACUCAACAUGAGAGAACCCACACUGGAGAGAAACCCUAUGAAUGUAUUGACUGUGGAAAAGCUUUCAGUCAGAGUUCAUCCCUUAUUCAGCAUGAGAGAACUCACACUGGAGAGAAACCCUAUGAAUGUAAUGAAUGUGGGCGUGCAUUCCGUAAGAAAACCAAUCUGCAUGAUCAUCAAAGAAUUCAUACUGGAGAAAAACCUUACUCUUGUAAGGAUUGUGGGAAGAAUUUCAGUCGAAGCUCAGCUCUUACUAAACACCAGAGAAUUCAUACAAGAAGUAAACUGCAGGAACCCUAAAAUUAAAGAAUAUGUAGAAAAUAAUGUUCCAGUUCAGUAUCAGAGGAUUCUUACUGGAGAGAAAGUCUGAGAAUGUAAUUGUGUGUUUGUAUGUUGCGUGUGGAGAAAUUGUGCCACUGGACUUUUUUUUUUAAUAAGUUAAAAGCCACAUUCUUAACCUGAUUACAGGCUUUUAUAAAAAGUACAGACAACAUAUGUAGCUAUUUGGAAAUGAUAUGCCUAUAUAUUGGACUUUACAAAGCUUCCAAAUAUAGGUAUGCAGGAGAUCACCAACUUUUGACAGCUUGAUGUGUAACUCUCACUGUUUACAGCCUUUUAAAAAAUAAAUAAAAUUCCUACAAUAAAGACCAAAAUUCAUUUUAAACAUUGUUUGACAAUUACACUCAACUUCUACAUGAAUUUCUUCAUGGAAACCAAUUCCAUCUCCAGGAAUUCACUAUUCAAAGAAUUAGAUCAACUGAUGCAACCACUUUAUUAUGCAGAUGAAUAGGACUGAAAGCCAAAGAUUUGAAGUGGUUUGCACAGUAUGGUGCAGCCUAUAAUGGCACAGCUGGGUGGAGAAAGGUUUUGUGGAUCUUUGGCCUAUAGUAUUGCUGCCUAAAAUGUAUUUUGGAAUUUAGAGGGUUCUAAGUAAAUGUUAAAUAAGCCAGAUACCCAGACAUUUAAUAGGCACCCAUGGGUUGGACACAUUGGAAUUCAUAAAAGCCUAAGAGGCAGCAAAAUAUAUACAGAUUUGUCACAGACUCAUUCAAAGAUAUUUGUUAGAGGCUUAUAAGCCAAAAUAUUAAUGGAAACUGUAAUAAUUGAUCUACUGAUGACUUUUUCCCUUUCCCAGUUAUAAUUUUACUUUCUGCAAACAUGUCAGUUUUAUAGAACUACGAAGUUUUUUUCAAAUUGUACUUUUAAUGGGACUUCCAUGAAAAAAUACUGCCCUAACCUUCCUAUAUCAGAUCAAUGGGAAAAGAACAGAAAACUAAGCAAAUUGUUUCCUAAAUUAGUUUUGUUAUAGAGAAGUAUAAAUUCAAUUGCCCAUUCCAAUAAAUUCUAUCUUUGACUUGGUUUAGAGAAACAGCAUGUUUAGGCUUAUAUUAUGUGUGAAGAAAAUAUGUAUCCACUAAAAAACAAAACUUGUCUUACCUCCAUGGUUCUUUUCCAUCAGUAAAGCAUGAACUUAAGUUUCAGUGGCCCACUUUAAUCCUUAAUGUCCCCUAGUGCUUCCUAUGAGCUACCCUAAAGGAAUUUCCGGAACUUUUGUUCGUUCAGCAACAGUACAAAUUUGGAAACAAUGGUGGAUAUUGAUCCCUUGCAUGCAAGAGCCACGCCUCCACACACUUAAGUUUUCCCAGCCCUAAUGAUUCUCAGGAAGGGGAAUAUGAAUAAUGUUGAUGGUCAGCCUUUCCUACUGGCUUCUUUGCAUUCCAGAUAGUGGAAUCCACUGCCCUUCUCUUAUCCUAGAUGGCAUGAGGUAGCUCUCAAGCAUUCAUCAUUUGGCGGGGGGGGGCAUGGAUAAAUAUGCAUGGGAGCUGAAAUGUGGUAUGUAUAGCCUAAAAAGUCUUUCACCUGUGAAUCAAGAUGGAUAGCAUAUUCCAGAGCAGAUCUGUCCUUCCAAGAUGUUAGCCAUUAAAAAGAAAGCCUUGUUUAUGAUGCUCCAUGCUUAGCACACAUGUCACAGCCAUGUUCUUGUGUUUUGAUACAUAGUUUGACAACACAUGAUUCUAGUCAGGUCCUCCCCUACUGAGUGGCUAUAGUACCUGUCAGGAACUUGUUGCUGAUUGGGGAAUCCCUGUAGUGAACUACUUGGAGGGGAUGGCAUGAAUUGAGAUCAAUUGAGUGCUGACCCAUUGUUAUUGAAAUUUGUAAAAAUUUGGUUCCACAAAACCUAAAAGAGACCCCUGGUUGUGUGUGUGUAGCCUGGCCUUGAUCCCAACCACCACUCAGAAUCUCAGCACACCUUCAUUGACAGAGAGGGAGCCAUGACGAAUGUGUGACUUAUUGAGCAGAGGCUUUCCUAGUACCAACAAUCAUGCACUGUGCACUUCGGAAGACAGCCUUUUAGGGCUACGUGAGAUGUAUCCUUGUAACAUCAUUGUAUUCUUUCAAUAAAUGGCCUUCUGAGUUGAA